GGCCUCCACUGCCUUCUGUGGCAAAGAAUUCCACAGAUUCACAACUUUGUUUUUUCACCCAGACAGUAAUGCACGUCUUUAAUUUGUAAACAGCACCAAUGAUGUAUAUGCAAUGAGGUAGUAUAUAAGAAUAAACAACUUGCAAUAAUGUUGAAUGACAAUUGUCUCAACGUAAUUGGAAUUUACCCACCUUUGUCUUUUUUUGAAUGUGUUAUAAUUUAGUAACACAUAUGGCGAAAUAUCUGAAGAAGGGUCUCGACCCGAAACGUCACCCAUUCCUUCUUUCCAGUGAUGCUGCCUGUCCUGCUGAGUUACUCCAGCAUUUUGUGUCUACAUUUAAAUUCAAACUAUAUCAUAAAAACAAGUAAUAUCAAACCUGUUGAAACAAGUUCUUAUUUUGCCAGAAACCCCCCAAUUAAAAGUAGAAAUACCAUUCCUUCUUAUUUGUGGUAUUAUAUUUGUGGGAAUAAAUUAUACUGGUAGAGAUUUAUUAUUAAUGCAGUAUACCAAGGGUUUUUAAUGGGAUGGGGUAAAAAAAUAUAUAGAUUUUUAAAAAAGUUGGUUAAUCCACCUUUUUGUGUGUUUUAGCAAUGGUGGAGUUGUCUUUUUUAAAUAACCAUAUUGUUUCAUUUAAAAAAAAUACCCAGACCAUCAUCCAAAAUAAUAAAUUCUUCUCUCUGUUAUUUGUGUGUGUGAUUUUUAUAGUGGAGAAGGCAAUUGCAGAGCCCCUUCCCUGAUGACUGAAAAAGUGGGUCCUCUGCAGCGACAGGGGAUUCUAGGCAAUUUACAAAAGGCCAGCAAGCAUAAGAGUCCCCACGUGUUGUCCUGUUAUAAACAUUUGUUCUUGUUAACUACCUUUUCUCUUUACUGUUUCUAUAUUUCUAGGCUUUGAUGUUAUCCAGUUUAGAUUUUAUGAAGGAAAGAAUUCAGCAGAUUUAAGAGGACAGGCUAAAGGAGAAAUGAGCUUAAAGGGGAUAGUGUACUAUAGAGUAGGUAAUUUUGGCAUAUUCUAUUUCCAUUUGUAGGCAUCUGGAAGUUCAUUGGUAACAAUUACAUUUAUGAAUCAAAUUACACACCAGGAAUGGCAACACAAAGCUGUGUAUGCCAAAAUGACUUGCUUUGUGGUAUCUGAAAUUACACAGUGUACUCCACAGAACUAUUCUUUAACAUUUUCUUGUGAAGCUGCAGACAAGUUGAUGCUUCAAACUGAGUACUAAUUUUAGUUUUUAAAUAUUUAUUACACAUGGUGUCCAAAAAUACUUCACUGUUAUGUGUAAGCUUAUACCCGUGCUAAAUUUGAUGCAUUAAACAAAGCUUAUUGAAAAAUAAUUGGAUUAGGACAAAAGUGUUUCUGUUGCAAAACUGUAUUAAAAGCCUUUUUUAAAAUGUAGGUAACUUGAAUAACUGAGAAAGCAUACUGUUGUUUCCUCAUCAUGGAAUUUCAACUUCUCUGGAGUACUAUGCAGGGAUUUUUAUUUGCAUGUUUUAAUUUCUGUGGGAUUGUAAUUUGCACUGUAAUGAAGAUCUCAAUUUAGUUCAAACAAGAAACACGGUAAGCAAGUAAUACCUGCAAAUCCCUGCUGAGCUUGAGAAAGGACUUGCAGCGUCAGAACUCUUAUUUACUGAUAGACAAUGGCUGUCAGUUGUCUUUCAUUCUUUUGCCUAUUUUCCUUUUCCCCUUUUCUUUGUUUUUCCCUCCUGUGAAAAUAGUCUUUCAUCUGAGUAUGAACACCAAAGGUACAAAUGAACUGCGUAAUAUUAUACAUUUAAAAGAUGAGCCUUUAUUGCUGACAGUUGGUAGCAUCAGAGUGAUGUAAACAACCCAGAUAUCUCUAUACUAAGUGCAUUCUGUUAAUUUUAUCAGCACCGCUCAGUGCAGAAAGUGGAACCAUUGCCUUUGUUUAACAGUGGUUUUUCUUUUUUUGUUGUUGUGUUUUACAGUUCUUUUCCCUGGUUCAGCCAGACCUAUUUACCAGGCCCUGCUGAAAAUACCACCCAACAGUUUUGCCUUCUGCAGCUAAUCCAGUUUCUCUUAAGUGUCCUUUACUUGUUGUAUGUUUUCUUGCCGAGGUGCCACACAGUAUCUUAUACAUGCAGUGCUGAUUACUGUUAUCUGUAAAGGAUAGAAAUGCAGUUGGUGUGUAUAUAUAUUUACAGAAUGUCACUCUUGAUUGUGGGGCAUUGGGGCACAGUGGCAAAUUAAUAUCUAGUAACAUUGCAAAAAAAAAAUUGGUUCACUUGCACAAAGUAGCAUUUAAUAUAUAAUGAGCAGUAUGUUUCAGCUUGUUCAUGAAUUUCUCCUGUCUAAUGGUAAGUUCUAAACAAGUCAUAGUGAACUUUUUCAUGAUUUUGGUCCCUAAAUCAUAAACUUUUUUUGUCUUGUGUAUCUUGAUUUUUCUGUGUGCUUUAUAGUGAAGCAGCCGACACGAGUCGCUUGUUCAUAAAACAUCUUUUGAAAAGUUGAGAGCACAACCCCUGGAGAACCGACUGUGCUUGCUUACGUUUGGUUCAUGACUAAAAAAUCGAGUACAGGAGUCAUUCCUGAUGAAUCUAAGGCUUUGUCUCUGUUGGCACCAGCUAAUGCAGUGGCAGGUUUGCUGCCUGGAGGUGGACUUUUGCCAACACCAAAUCCUCUUGCGUCACUCAGCGGCGUUCCUUUGGCUACUCUCGGGAAUGUUAAUCCCGGCUUGGACCCUACCCUUGCUGCACUUGGACUGCCAGGAGCAAACUUAAAUUCCCAGGUUACAGCAGAUCAGCUUUUAAAACUCAUCACUCAAGUUGAUCCAAAGUUAAACCAUGCUUCUGGUGCCAUUGUGAGCCCAGCCCUGAAAUCUGACACUUCUUCCAAAGACAUAGAAGAAGCAAUGAAAAGGGUUAAAGAAGCCCAGUCGCUGAUCUCAGCGGCCAUAGAAACCGAAAAAAAGGAUGACAAAAGGAAACAUUCUAGAUCGCGAUCUCGUUCACGCAGGCGGCGCUCUCGUUCCCGUUCAAGGCACAGGCGUUCCAGAAGUAGAUCUAGAAGACGUUCACAUUCAAAGUCAAGGAGCAGGCGACGAUCACGGAGUCCGAGACGAAGAAGAUCUCGUUCAAGGGAGCGAAGGAGAUCUCGAAGUGUAUCAAAGUCAAGGGAAAAAAAGAAAGAAGAGAAGAAAAGAUCCAAAACCCCCCCGAAAAGCUACAGCACAGCCAGGCGAUCACGCAGCCCCAGCAGAGACAGAGAACGAGAGCGAGAAAGAGAACGAAGACGUAGAAGAACUAGAUCAAUUACCAGAUCUCCAAAGAAGUCAAGAUCACCCAAGCGCAAACUGUCGCGGUCACCAUCUCCUCGAAGGCAUAAGAAAGAAAAGAAGAAGGACAAAGACCGGGACCGAAGCCGUGAAGUAGAGGAGAGGGAGAGGUCGUCUAGCAAAAAGAAGAGGAGCAAAGAUAAGGAGCGGGAGAAAGAGAGGGAAAAAAAGGCCGAAAGUGAGAAAGGAGAUGUGAAGGUGACAAGAGAUUAUGAUGAAGAGGAACAAGGAUAUGACAGUGAAAAAGAGAAAAAGGAAGAACAGAAUGUUUCUGAAUCUGGGACGUCCCCAAAACUGAAAGAGUUGGCACAAGCAACUGACAAGGGAAGCACAGAUAUUGUGAAAGAGUCAAAAGUCAAUGGUGACGAUCAUCAUGAAGAAGAUAUGGACAUGAGUGAAUAAAUUUAGUGUAAUCUGAUUUAUAUUCCUAAUGUGAAGUGAUUAUUUUUAGCAGUGCUUUCUGUCAGAAUUGAAGUGUCACCCUUCUAUUAUAUUUUCUACAGUUACAGAAAGUGGUGACCUUGGCACCUGGCUUCCAACGGUUUGUGAAAAAGGUGUACAGAUGACUUGGUUCAGGAAGUGAACUGCACUUCUUAUAGCAUCAGAUUGGUGUGCCAGUAAGAAGCUUUUUUUCUGAAAUGUAUGCAGGGAUCUCCUUUGACAAGAGUAGGAACCUCAGUAAUGUGUAUUUUUUGUUUAAAGAGACUCAACAAAUAUUGAUGUAGAUAGUUACAUAUCCUAUGAGCCUUGUGACUGUAGAUUUGAGUUCUGUAGUUUACUGUUUAUUUGGCUUUCUUAGUUUUAAGUGACGUCUGCUUUUUGUAUGUAUCUUUACGAAAUAAACUACUUUGGUAUUCCCUGCUCUUCAACUUAUCACUCGUGUAUCGCUCAUUGUUCACAAAGGGCAUCUGCCCCAACUGGAUUUGUUGUGCAACGUCAUGUGAGGGGGAAAAUAGUUUUCUUUACCUUGAUACCGACAGGUCUACCAGGUUAGCAAUUUAUGGCUGCAAUAUGUGCCAUGGUCUUGUACAGUUUAUGAAGAAAAUUUGUUUUACAUGUAGCUUUCAUAAUAAAAGCUAUUUUAAAGCCUG